GCCUGUGUCAUACCUCGAGAUACCGGUAAGAAGCACCAUGGCGGACAAAGCUCAGCUGCAAGAGUCGAUCAAAGCACAAGGCGAAGUUGUCAGGAAACUUAAAGAAGCAAAGGCUAGCAAGGACCAGUGCUAACGUUGCUGACCAGUGUUUUCCUGUCUUCCUGCACGGUCCAUCCUGCCAUCGGUGGUGUGACCAACAACCUUCUCCACCUUCAAUCUGCUGGGACACCAACAUCCACCUCGUGGCAUAUCAACGCAAUACCUUUUUAUGAUUUUAAACUUGCCUUGCUGAAUUGGGUCAUUUUGACACUGAACUACUACCUUUCCUGGCAACAUGAACGCAAUUGGGAUGGUUUCUGGGAAACUCUGGACUGGGUUUCUCGGCCCUCGGAUUGGACUCUGCAACAAUGCUCUGCGGGCUAUGUCCUGUCACACAAACACACAGAUUGUAGAGGAAGUGGCAAAGCUGUUGGAACUGAAGGCUCAGCUGGGAACCGAUGAUGGCAAACAAAUGUUCGCCCUCAAGACCCCAAAGGGGACCAGGGACUAUAACCCAAAGCAAAUGGCCAUCCGAGAAAGCGUGUUUAACACCAUCAUCAGCUGCUUCAAACGCCAUGGUGCUGAGACCAUUGACACCCCUGUGUUUGAGUUAAAGGAAACUCUAACAGGAAAAUAUGGUGAAGACUCCAAACUCAUUUAUGAUCUGAAGGACCAGGGAGGAGAGCUGCUUUCUUUGCGCUAUGAUUUAACUGUUCCAUUUGCCCGAUACCUAGCCAUGAAUAAAAUCAGUAACAUUAAGAGAUACCACAUUGCGAAGGUCUACAGAAGGGACAACCCAGCCAUGACAAAAGGGCGUUAUAGGGAGUUCUAUCAGUGUGAUUUCGAUAUUGCUGGCCAAUAUGAUCCCAUGAUUCCUGAUGCCGAGUGCAUAAAAGUCGUGCAUGAGAUACUGGCUGAGCUGCAGCUUGGAGAUUUCCGCAUCAAGGUUAAUGACCGGCGGAUUUUGGAUGGCAUGUUUGCUGUUUGUGGUGUCCCAGAUGACAAGUUCCGGGCCAUUUGCUCAACAGUAGACAAACUAGAUAAGGCCUCUUGGGAGGAGGUGAAGAAUGAGAUGGUUGGAGAGAAGGGCUUGGCUCCUGAGGCUGCAGACAGGAUCGGGGAAUACGUCCGAAUGCACGGUGGUUUUGAUCUGGCAGAAAAGCUCCUUCAAGACCCACAGCUGUCCCAAAACAAACACGCACUUGAAGGGCUCACUGACAUGAAGGAUCUCUUCAAAUACCUGGAGCUCUUCAAAAUCACUGAUAAGGUGAUCUUUGACCUGAGCCUGGCCCGUGGCCUUGAUUACUACACUGGGGUGAUCUACGAGGCGGUCCUGAUUCGGCCACAGAAUGUCCACCCCUCGGAGGAGCUGGUCAGCGUGGGCAGCGUGGCCGGAGGAGGCCGCUACGACGGGCUGGUUGGGAUGUUUGACCACAAAGGCAGGAAGGUGCCCUGUGUGGGAGUCAGCGUUGGGAUCGAGAGGGUCUUCUCAAUCCUGGAACAGAAGGCAGAGGCCUCUGAAGAGAAGAUCCGAACCACAGAAACUCAGGUCCUGGUGGCCUCUGCACAGAAGAACCUGCUGGAAGAGCGAUUAAAACUGACAUCUGAGCUGUGGGAUGCUGGGAUAAAAGCGGAGGUUCUGUAUAAGAAGAACCCAAAGCUUCUGAGCCAGUUGCAACACUGUGAAGAGACAGGAAUCCCGCUCGUCGCUAUUAUCGGAGAGCAGGAACUGAAGGAGGGGGUUGUCAAGCUCAGAAAUGUAGCCACCAGAGAAGAGGUGGAUGUGUCUCGAGUUACCCUGGUAGAAGAAAUCAAGAAGAGAAGCAUCCAGUCGUAGACCAUCUGAUCUUCACCUAGCCCUGCACCCUCCUUUAUCUGCUCUGUGUCCAACUGCUUUUACCUUCACUAAUGUCACAGAACUUACUUAAAAAUACAAUCACUGCGCUUGCAAUAUUUAUGGUGUAAGGGGUAGAAGUCAAGUUCAUUUAGGACAUGGUUGGAACAAAAACCUGGACUGGAUGUACUGACUUCUGCAAACACAGUAGUUGUAUGAACCUCUAAAGCAGGGAUCUCCAACCCUGCUCGUGGAGAGCCCCAGUCCUGCAGGUUUUCUAGGUAUCUUUACAUCAUCAAUGGCUAAAGAUCUGGAACACCUGUUAAUCUUUACUAAUUAAGCCAAUAAUUGGUGCAAUUAAGUAACAGCUCAGUUCAAACAAAAAACAGAAGACGUAGUAGCUCUCCAGGACCAGGGUUGGAGACCCGUCAGUCAAACAACUGAUUUAAUUGUGAAUUACAAUAAUCAUAAACAAACAAACAAACAAACAAACAAACAGGCUGGUUGGGGGCUUUUUAGGAGGAGGCCAGUUAACUUUUCUCUUUCCUGAACACAAACAGCAAGGCUUGCCGAAGUUGGCUUUUCCAGUCCUCGUCUUUGUUCCAACUGUUAUAAAUGUGUUUAAUUGAACCCAUUAAAUCUCUGUAUUGGGUAUCCGUAUUAUUACAACUCUUACAUUGUCCAUUGGUUAAAAUAUCAAUAGCGCCAUUGUCGAUUUUAAACCCUGACUGGUUUAAUGAAAGUCAAACACAAAUCAUUUCAAAAGGGUCCAAAUAAACUGGCAAUUUAAUUAAACGAUUACUGUCUUGCUAUAUAAGUGAAAUAACAUGAGUUGGCAAUGCACACAGCUGCAGAAAGACAUGAUAAUUCAAUGCACCCAUGUUUAUAAAGACCACUGAAGAUUUGUGUUGUCUGUACUUCCCAUGUGUGCUGUAUGCUUACUUUUAGCUGCAUGUUUCUAAUAAAACAUUUUCCUGAUA